AUGGCGGACGUGGAGAUGAAGGAUUCCACUGCGGGCGCUUCGUCCAAGGGCAAAGCUGUUGUUAAGGAUUCCGGCGACGGCAAGAAGAAGUUUGAGGUCAAAAAGUGGAACGCCGUAGCCCUUUGGGCAUGGGAUAUCGUUGUCGACAACUGUGCCAUUUGCCGAAACCACAUCAUGGACUUGUGCAUCGAGUGUCAAGCCAACCAAGGCUCAUCAACGACGGAGGAGUGCACCGUCGCUUGGGGUAUUUGCAACCACGCAUUCCACUUCCACUGCAUCUCGCGAUGGUUGAAGACUCGCCAGGUCUGCCCGCUCGACAACCGAGACUGGGAGUUCCAGAAGUACGGUCGGUAA